AUGGCGUUAUCGAUUUUCGGGCCUACGGCGUGCAGCCUGUCGAUCCAUCGUUGGGGCUUCAAAGCGACCGGGUACAUCGUGGGUAUCUUCUCCGCCCUGUCGGGCGUUAUCGUGCUGGUGGCGCGUUCUUUCGCCGUGCUGUUGGCAGGUCGCAUCCUGAUUGGUCUAGCCACCGGUGGUGGCGCCGUCGUCUCCACCAAUUACGUGGCGGGGGCCGCGCAGGCGCACGUGCGCGGCGCGCUGGGCACCUUCUUCGCGCUCAUGUUCAACGGCGGCGUCCUCCUGGCCGUCGGCGUCGCCGUCCCGACGGUGUACACCGUCUGCUUCUUCUUCCUUCCGGAGUCGCCACUGCACUUGCUGUCCAAGGGCAGGGAAGAGGAAGCAGCCAGGUCGCUGCGCUGGUUCCGCGCCACCGGCCACGACGUCGCCGGGGAGCUGAAAGAGAUGCGGCUGACCAUCGAGGCCGGGCAAGGCGGCGACCGGAAGCGGAUGACGGUGGCGCAGUUCUUCAAGGAGCGCGCGUCGCGGUACGCGUUCGCAGCCAUCGUGGUGCUGAUCCUGAACCAGCAGCUGAACGGCAGCCUGGUCGCGCUCAACUACGUGGUCGAGAUGCUGGCCGCCGCCGGAGACAGCGUGUCGGCCGGGUGGUCGGCGGUGGCGGUGGCGGCGCUGCAGUUCGCCGCGACCUUCCUGUCUUCGGCGCUGGUGGACCGCGCCGGGCGCCGCCCCCUGCUGCUCGGUUCCAACGCGGGCAUCGCCGCCUGCCACGCCGCCCUCGGCGGCUACUUCUACGCGCAGGCCGCGGGUCUCGACGUGGCGGCCGCCUGGUGGCUGCCCGUGUGCGCCACCUCGCUCUUCCUCGUGCUCAACGCCGUCGGCGUCGGCGCACUGCUCAUGGUCGUCGUCAACGAGUUCUUCUCGCCUGAGGCCAUGCCUAUAGCCAUGUCGAUCAGCAUCGGCGUGCAGACCGUUACCGCUGCGGCCGUCAUCAAGAUGUACGUCGUCCUGCUCGGCUGGCUGCAGAUGCACGGCUGCUACUGGUUCUUCGCCGCGUGUUGCAUCCUCAGCAACGUUUACAUCUUCUUCUUCCUACCGGAGUCCAAAAAUAGGCCCAUUAAUGAUAUUCUAGCUGAACUGAGGGGGGAGUCGAAGAAACAAAAGAAGCUUAACACUCAUUACGACCCAGUUGACGUAACAGAGAGCCAAAAAUAA